GUCAACGAUGGCAGAUAAGACACAAGUGACAUGUAACAGUUGACAUUGUAAACUUCACGUAGGUUCACAUAAUAUGUCAACCUCAAAAACCGAAGGAAGAAUUUAGAUUAUUACAGCAAGUACUGUUUACUAUGACCGCUAUGGUUUGUAACCUAACGCCUCAUCUUAUUAAAGUAGCCUUUGUAAAAAACCAUCUACGUGUAAAGCAUUAUUCAACCGCAAAGUCAUACAAACUCCUUUUCUUUGGAUCAGACGGCAUUGCCCUCAGUAGCCUGCGAAAAAUAAAUGAAUACAGAAAAAAAGAGAAUCAUGUGAUUAGUCGUUUGGAUUUGGUAACAACAAACUCUAAAAAUAAGUCAGAAAUAUUAAAGUAUGCUGAAGCAGAAAAUAUACAGACUAUAAAAUGGCCGCUGGACCACCUUAACACUGCUGAGUAUGACUUAGGUCUUAUUGUGGCUUUCGGUCAUUUAAUUAAAGAAGAUCUACUGUAUAAGUUCCCAAUGGGCAUGGUUAAUGUUCAUCCAAGCCUGUUGCCGCGAUGGAGAGGAGCUGCACCAAUCAUCCACACACUUAUGAAUGGAGACAAAGUCACUGGUGUCACUCUUAUGAAAAUAAAAGCUGAUAUUUUUGAUGUGGGUGAGAUAAUAAGUCAAAUAAGAGUACCUGUAUCUGAUGAUAUAAAGCUACCAGAGUUGACUGAACAGUUAUCAGAUUUUGGUGCCGACAUGUUGGUAGACUGCAUAAGAACAUUACCAAGGAGUUUGCAAAAUACACAACCUCAAAGCACGGAAGGAGUUACCUAUGCCAAAAAGAUAACAAAAAGUAUAAGCGAGGUCAGAUGGUCCCAGAUGACAGCGGUCCAAGUGUACAACCUAUAUAGAGCUUUAUAUGGACUUUACCCUCUCACAACGACAUUUAAUAACAAACAGAUGAAACUCUUCGACGCCUUCAUACAUACCUGCGAAGAACAUUCAGAAAAGCCAAUAGGGAUACCUGAAUAUUGCGAAGAAACGAAGGCCAUACGAAUAUUAUGUAAGGAUAGAAGAUACGUACACUUUAGAUCACUUAGAAUAGUAGGCAAGAGAAAAAUAAGUGCGGCAGAUUUUUAUAAUGGGUACAUUAAAAGUGUUCUAGUCACAAAAAGAGAAUGUACAGUUUCUAGGAAUCAAUAAAUUAAUCAAUUGAAGGG